UGUCGCAUUCCAAAAAACAUUGGCAAUUUGAUUUCAAAUCACAGCAUCCUGCAUUGAUAAUGAUUAAUAAUGCGAAACAGACCGGAUUCCCCCCAAUUCGUCAGGCUCGCUUAUCUCGGCCUUUUCAUUUAUUCUUUUCACUCAUCCAUAAGUCGCCCCCCUAACAUUCGAGAGUGUAAGAUUUUUUUGGUUACAUUGAGAAGCACCUUUUUCACCAGUGUCUCUUCAAGCAUCUAUCUAGAUCCCCUGUGUUGAGCAAUCGAGUCCUCCACGCGGGCCUUCGCUACGAUGGCGAUAGAAGAUUCAAAGACAUCUCAGCGUCCUCGGCUCCCUCUCUACAGACUGGUUGUGUCGCAGAGUACCAUCACCGACGAUGUUCUCGAACAUCAAUGGGAAGGAGAAGGGACGACUGAAAGCCCGUAUCUCGUGGAGUGGCUACACGACGAUCCACGCGACCCUCAUCAAAUGCAAGAAUGGCUCAAAUGGUCCAUCACUCUUCUCCAAGCCGCCUCCUUCCUCUCUAUAACAUUCGCUUCGUCUGCACUUUCCGCCGCCAAUCCCCAGAUUCAGGAAAGGUUUGGGGCUAGUUCCGAGCUGGUGGUUGCAGAUACCUCGUUGUUCGUUCUAGCCUUUGCCAUUGGCCCUGCAGUUUGGGCGCCUCUUUCGGAGCUAUAUGGUCGACAGGUGAUAUAUUUUAUCACAUAUGGAAUGACCACUCUCUUUGCUGGAGCGACUAUCGCAAGUCCCAACAUCGCAACUCUCUUAGUACUCCGAUUUUUGUCUGGCGCAUUUGGAUCAUCUGCCAUCUCCAAUGCUGGUGGAGUAGUGUCCGACAUGUAUACCGCACGAGAUCGAGGCCUUGCGACCAUUGCGUUCAUUGGAGCUCCGUUCCUCGGUCCUAGCCUUGGACCUAUUGCUUGCGACUUCCUGGCGGUUUCCAAGGGUUGGAAGUGGGUUCAAGGACUCACUACAAUCUUUAACGGAGUGGUGUUCUUGGUGGGAAUUUUCCUAAUUCCCGAGACAUACUCUCCCGUUCUCCUGCAAAAGAGAGCAGCAAAGCUCAGCAAGAUGACCGGUGCUGUGUAUAAGAGCCGACUGGAUGUGGAACAAGGGUCUAAAACAGCCAGCCAGGUCUUUACAAAGACAAUGGUGCGCCCGUGGAUUCUGUUGUUUAUGGAGCCAAUCGUGUUGCUCCUUUCAAUUUACAUGGCUAUCAUCUACGGUACAAUGUACAUGGAAUUUGCAGCCUUCCCAAUCGUGUUUGAGGAAGCCCGCCAUUGGCCACAGAGCACUUCUGGGUUGUCUUUCAUAGGAAUGAUGAUAGGCCAAAUACUCGGAUGUGCUUAUUCUAUUCUGGACGAUCGCCGAUACAAGAAGAUCGCUGAUAGUACUAGCUAUGGUCGUCCUCCACCCGAGGCACGGCUGAUCCCUGCUAUGGUCGGAGCUGUGACGCUACCUAUUGGCCUGUUCUGGUUUGCGUGGACCAACUUUCCCAGAAUCCACUGGAUUGUCUGCCAGAUCGGAACGGUUUUCUUUGGGUUCUCUCACGUCUCUAUCUUCCUUAGCGUGGUCAACUACCUCGUCGACGGCUACACUGUCUAUGCUGCCUCGGCGUUGGCAGGAAAUGCUGUCAUUCGUGCUUUGUUCGGCGCAGCCUUCCCUCUCUUCACGACCCCGAUGUACGAUCGCUUGGGUAUCCAUUGGGGCUCCUCGAUUUCAGCCUUUCUCGCGGCUGCAUGUCUCCCAUUCCCCUGGGUAUUCUACAAGUACGGCCCUGCGAUCAGACGCCAUUGUCGAUAUGCGGCUGAGUCUGCCCGUCAGCUCGAUGCUCAGACUGAUCGGAUGAGGGCUCAGGCUGAGCAAAAGGCCGCAGGCGAAAAAUCAACUGAGCAGUCCGCGCAGGCUGCAAGUUCUGCUUCUGCUACAAGCAAUGAGGAGACCAAUCUUCCUCACAAAGACUUGCCUUGAGACAGAUGCGGACCGCCGUUUUGAAUUUUGACUUUGGUUUUAUCAAAAGGAAAUCAUUUCUCUAUUUCCCACUGGAGGGAGAUAGCUUUGACGGAUGGCCUGUUUCCACUUUACACACCACACCAAUCAGGAGUUUGGGACCGCUUAAUCUUUUCGGGUCUUUUGUUGUGAAUUUAAUGUGCAUGGGAAUAAAUUUGGUGAAUAAGUAAACUGCAAUGCAAAUGUUUCCUACCAAUCAGGUGCGAUCUGAAUUCAUAUUUUUCGAGGUUUUUAUAGCGGUCUUCGGCCAGCUUCGAUCCUUUCUUUUACAAUAAACA